AUGGGGGUUGCUCUGAGCCGCAUUCUCGACUCGCUCAGCGAGGGGACCAACUUCGACCACGACGAGCUCGACCGGUUGCGCAAGCGGUUCAUGAAGCUCGACACCGACGGGCUGGGCACCAUCGACAAACAGGAGUUUUUGCUGAUCCCGGGCAUCGGGCUGAACCCGUUGGCGCUGCGGCUCAUGGACGUGUUUGACGAGGACGGCCUGGGCACCAUCGACUUCCAGGAGUUCAUCACGGGGCUCUCGGCGUUCUCCGGGAAAACCUCCAAGGAGGAGAAAUUGAGGUUUGCGUUUAAGAUCUACGACAUCGACCGCGACGGCUAUAUCGGCAACGGCGAGCUUUUCAUCGUCAUGAAGAUGAUGGUGGGAAAAAACUUACGCGAAGAGGAAUUGCAGCAGAUCGUCGACAAGACGAUCAUGGAGGCCGACAAGGACGGCGACGGGCGGUUGUCGUUUGAGGAGUUCCGCAACACCGUCGACUCGAAGCUGGUGGCGUCGGCGUUGACGUUGAAUAUGUUCUAG